UUUCGUUUUCCAACCGCUCCCAAUCCCACAUGUGAGGGAAUUGCUUAUACACUAGUAUAAAACACACACACACACACGGAAGACCCCAACAAGAGAUCAUAGUAAUGGAGCCACGCGCCGUGCUCUUGUCCAUUGCAGUCUCAUUAGUCAUAACCUGGCUUUUCUUGAACCGCCGACGAUGCAAAGACCGGCCACCUGGUCCCAUCCCCCUCCCCAUCAUCGGCAACCUCCUCCAGCUCGGCCCUAAACCUCACCAAUCUCUCUCUGCCUUAGCCAAAACCUAUGGCCCUCUCCUCUCCCUCCAGCUCGGCUCCGUCACGGUGGUCGUCGCUUCCUCUCCCGACGCCGCCAAGGAAAUCUUCCAAAAGAACGAUCAGUCCUUCCCCAACCGGCCGAUUCUCGAGUCUGUUGCUGCUCAGCCCAACGUCAACGACACACUCGCUUGGGCUCCCGCAGACAACAGGUGGCGCAACCGCCGCCGCAUCUGCACCACCCAGAUAUUCACCGCUCAACGCCUCGACCUUCUUCAAGACUUGCGCCACCGUAACGUCCACCAACUCAUCAAACACGUUCAGAAGCGCUCCGCCACAGGAACUCAGGUGGAUGUAGGUGAGCUUGCAUUCGCCACCAUGUUAAACUUGGUUUCGAACACUGUCUUCUCGGUGGAUCUGGUGGAUCCAGAGUUCGAGACGGCCGGGGAAUUCAAAGAGCUCGUGUGGAGGAUCAUGGAGGACGCCGGGAAGCUGAACCUCGCGGACUAUUUUCCGGCGUUGAAGAGGUUUGACUUGCAGGGUGUGAGACGCCAUGUGAGGGUUUCCUACGAGAGGUUGCAUGAGAUAUUCGAUGACCUUAUCCAGAAACGUUUGAAGGAAAGAGAGGACUCAAGUGCUCUGCGAAAUGGCGAUUUUCUGGAUGUUUUGCUCGACCAUUGCCAGCCGGAGGAUGGAUCAGAUUUCACUGUUGAAAGCAUCAAGCCAUUAAUUCUGGAUUUAUUCAUUGCUGGGAGUGACACCUCAGGAUCAACCACAGAGUGGGCAAUGGCAGAGCUUCUUCGAAACCCAGAAAUAAUGCGAAAAGCCAGAACAGAACUUAACCAAGUGAUAGGAAACAACAUCGGCCAAAUCAAAGAAUCAGACAUCCCUCGUCUUCCCUACAUCCAAGCAAUUGUUAAAGAAACCCUAAGGCUUCAUCCUUCAGUGCCUCUUCUAUUGCCUUACAUUGCAGCAAACGACGUCGUUGUGACUGGCUACACCAUCCACAAAGGGGACCAGCUCCUGAUAAACGCAUGGUCCAUUGGCAGAAACCCAUCCUACUGGGAUAACCCGACGUCGUUUCUGCCAGAGAGGUUUCUUGCUGGGUCUGCCCCAGAUUUUAAGGGCAGGGACUUUGAGUACCUGCCAUUUGGUGGGGGAAGAAGGAUAUGCCCAGGCUUGCCCCUGGCUAAUAGGAUGAUUAGCUUGAUGGUGGCCACUUUGGUGCAUUCUUUUGAGUGGGACCUUCCUAAGGGUAUGACUCCUGAAACCAUGGACAUGAACGAGCAGUAUGGAAUCACGUUGAAGAAGGCUGUCCCUCUUUGUCUUGUUCCUAAAUCUGUAUGAAUCAUUAUCAAGGGAAUAUCACUAUAUAUAUAUAUAUAUAUAUAUAUAUGUUUGCUUGCGUCUGUAUAAAUAUAUUCGGAUCUGCACAUGCCUUUUUUCUUUUUUUUUUUUUUUAGUUUAAAGCUCCUUAAUUAUGAGUUAUGAGAAAUUAAUUAAAUGUUUUAA